GACUCGCAGGCUGUCAGCAUCUGUUUAAACGUGUUGGCGAGCUCUGACGAGUCACUCAGGCUUCGUCAUGAAGGUCGUGCUGCUGCUGGCGCUGCUCACAGUCUGUGAAUGUGACAGCAGCAGGGUCAAAGGUCACACAGGUCAGGACGUCACUCUGCCCUGUAAAUAUGACAGGAAAUAUCACGGCGCUCUGUCAGUGUGCUGGCAGCGAGGAGAAAUACCAACCAGAGGCUGCUCCAAUCAGCUGAUCUCCACAGGUGGAGACAAAGUGUUAACCAGAGCUUCCAGCAGGUAUCAGCUGCUGGGCCGACUGGAGGACGGAGACGUCUCUCUGACCAUAAAGAGCCUGACAGAAGGAGACGCUGGACGAUACGGCUGCAGGGUGGAGAUACCCGGCUGGUUCAACGAUGACAAACAUCACUUUGACCUGAGCGUCGUCACAGCGCCACAAACUCCCACAUGGACGGCGCCAGACUCAGACACGCCCACAGAGCCGACGGCAGCCUCUGAAGGUCACAUGACCUCUGCAGAAAGCCUCCUGACUUCGCCCUCCACCAUGACGAGCAGCAGCGAGGGCGAGGACGGCGGUCAGCUGAUGGUGGUGGUCGUCUGCGUCCUGCUGGGCCUGGUGUCUCUGCUCGCCAUCGCAGGACUCCUGGUGAGAAGACUGAAGCUCCUCCACACAGUCCCUCGGCAGCAUCGGCAGAUCAGCGGCUCGGUGCGGUUCAACCCCACGUCGUCAACUCUGCAGCUGCACGCUCAGCCCGCCGCCGUGGACAACAUCUACCAGAUGGAUGGUGGUGAGGGAGGCGUAUACGAGAACUGCCCCUGAGCUCUGAGGCUCCACCCACUCAUCUGCAGAGCCUGGAGGCAGGACAAUGACGAGCUCUUCCGGACUUUAAGGGAACAUCGAGGACAGGCAAGACAACAGCUUUGCCCUGAGAAGCGUCCAGUAUUUUAGGAAGAUGGCCUUGCUCUCACGCUUUGCUUUGAAAGUGUCCAAUCAGAGAGCUACAGCUGUGGUCCCAGGUGACUAACCCCACCUUCAGGCUGGAGGUUUGCAGGCAGCAGGUGUUUAACAGACUCAGAGCUAACAUGUAAAUAAAGAUGUAAAGAGCUUUUAUUGUGAAAGGUUUGGUGAGGUUUCCUGUUUUUUCAGAUUUAAUUUAAUAAAAUGU